AUGACGGGGCCUCCGAAUAGCCCUUACGAAAAUGGUGUAUUCACUUUGGAAAUAAUUAUUCCCGACAGAUAUCCUUUUACGCCGCCUUCUGUUACUUUCAAGACAAAAAUGUACCAUCCGAAUAUUGAUGAGAGCGGGCGAAUUUGCUUAGACUUGCUUAAAGCGGCUCCGAACGGUGGUUGGAAACCUACAAUAGGAAUAGAAGGGUUGCUAAUAGCACUAAGGAUGCUUCUGGAAUGUCCAAAUCCAGAUGAUCCGUUAAUGGAAGAUAUCGGGGAACAAUUCAAGAAUAACAAAGAAGAAUUUUGGAAGAGAGCGAAGAGUUUUACUGAAAAAUAUGCUCGAUAG